CCUCCCCGGCGCGCACGCCUGCUCUGGACCCGGGGCUUUCGAGCACGCUUUCGGGAUGCCAGAGGGGCCGCCAGGUGCAGCGGGGGUGGGGAGGAGGCCUGGGUCUGGUCCUGGCUUUGCUCUUGACUUGCUGGGUGACCCUGGGCAGGCUCCUGCCCCUCUCUGGGCCUCAGUCUCCUCAUCUGCACAAUGAGUGAAAGACCAAAUAUUCCUUCUUCCUCUGAGCUCUAUGCCCACCGCUUCCUGCCGCCCCUGCUCCUUCUUCUCCUUCCUUGCUCUCAGCUCAGUAACUGUGGGGGAGAACAUUUGUCUAGACCACCAGGCAUAGAACCUUCUCUCCCCAUGCUUCGGCAGGCUCUCUCCACCCUGAGGUCUCCCUGGAAGAGGGGGCACGGGGCAGGAAGUGUCUAACACACCUUCUCUGGGAGACUUGCUCAGGUGGCAUUACAAGGACCUGCCAUGCACCAGACCUCAUCUGAGAGCCCAUUUGACAGAUGGGGAAACAGAGGCUCAGAGAUGUUGAAUGGCUUGCAAAAGGUCACUCAGCUAGGGAGUGGCAACACUGGGAUACGAUCCAGGGUCCUACUCUUGCCUCCUCUUGGGGGUCUGCCACUUACUGGGUGGCCCUGGGCCACCCCUCUCUGAGCCUCCAUUUCCUGGCCAGCAAGUGGGCGCCUGAGGGCUGCAGAGCCUGUGGAUGGCUCCUUGACUCCCUGCUGUCCCCAGCACACAAGUGGCUGUACCGAGAGAUUGGGGACAGCCACCUACUCCGGUAUCUCUCCUGGACCGUGUACCCUGUGGCCCUGGUCUCCUUCUCCUCAGGCUUUUCCCAGAGCAUCACACCCUUCUCGGGAGGUUCUGGAAUUCCGGAGCUGAAGACCAUUCUGUCGGGCGUGGUCUUGGAGGACUACCUGGAUAUCAAGAACUUCGGGGCCAAGGUGGUGGGCCUCACCUGCACCCUGGCCACGGGCAGCACCAUCUUCCUGGGCAAAGUGGGCCCCUUCGUGCACCUGUCUGUGAUGAUCGCUGCCUACCUGGGCCGCAUGCGCACCAAGGCCAUUGGGGAGUCUGAGAACAAGAGCAAGCAGAACGAAAUGCUGGUGGCGGCAGCGGCGGUGGGCGUGGCCACAGUGUUCGCAGCGCCCUUCAGCGGCGUCCUGUUCAGCAUCGAGGUCAUGUCCUCCCACUUCUCGGUCUGGGAUUACUGGAGGGGCUUCUUCGCUGCCACCUGUGGGGCCUUCAUGUUCCGCCUCCUGGCUGUCUUCAACAGCGAGCAGGAGACCAUCACCUCCCUCUACAAGACCAGUUUCCGGGUAGAUGUCCCCUUUGACCUGCCAGAGAUCUUCUUUUUUGUGGCGCUGGGGGCCAUCUGUGGCAUCCUGAGCUGUGCUUACCUCUUCUGUCAGCGAACGUUCCUCAGCUUUGUCAAGACCAAUCGGGUCCUCUCCAAACUGCUGGCCACCAGCAAGCCUCUGUAUUCGGCUCUGGCGGCCUUGGUUCUCGCCUCCAUCACCUAUCCCCCUGGCGUGGGCCGCUUCAUGGCUUCUCGGCUGUCCAUGAGGGAGCAUCUGGACUCACUGUUCGACAAUAACUCGUGGGCGCUGAUGACCCGGAACUCGUCCCCACCCUGGCCCUCGGAGCCCGACCCACAGAACCUAUGGUUCGAAUGGUACCACCCGCGGUUCACCAUCUUUGGGACCCUCGCCUUCUUCCUGAUUAUGAAGUUCUGGAUGAUAAUUCUGGCCACCACAAUCCCCAUGCCCUCUGGGUACUUCAUGCCCAUAUUUAUCUUCGGAGCUGCCAUCGGGCGCCUCAUAGGGGAGGCCCUCUCUGUUGCCUUCCCAGAGGGCAUUGUGGCUGGAGGGGUCACCAACCCCAUCAUGCCUGGGGGGUAUGCCCUGGCAGGGGCUGCGGCUUUCUCAGGGGCUGUGACCCACACCAUCUCCACAGCAUUGCUGGCCUUUGAGCUGACUGGCCAGAUCGUGCACGCACUACCUGUGCUGAUGGCGGUGCUGGCGGCCAACGCCAUCGCCCAGAGUUUCCAGCCCUCCUUCUAUGACGGCACCAUCAUUGUCAAGAAACUGCCAUACCUUCCGUGGAUCCGGUGCCGAAAUAUCAGCUCCCUGUGUGACCUUGGGGGAGUCCUUGGCCUCAGUGUCUUACUGGUCAUCAGUCGGUCUCCACAACAGGAGGACAGAUAUCGCCCAUUUGUCAGAAGCUCUCACCAUGUAACUGUGGAGCACUUCAUGAACCGUACCAUCACCACGCUGGCCAAGGACACACCGCAGGAGGAGGUGGUCAAGGUCGUGACCUCCACAGACACUACCGAGUACCCCCUGGUGGAGAGCACAGAGUCUCAGAUACUGGUGGGCACCGUGCAAAGGGCACAGCUGGUGCAGGCCCUCCAGGCUGAGCCAUCCUCCUGGGUUCCAGGACACCAGCAGUGUCUGCAAGACAUCUUGGCUGGGGGCUGCCCUGUGGAGCCAGUGACCCUGAAGCUGUCCCCGGAGACCUCCCUGCACCAGGCACACAACCUCUUCGAGCUGUUGAAACUUCAGUCCCUCUUCGUGACGUCUCAUGGCAGAGCUGUGGGCUUCGUGUCUUGGGUGGAGUUGAAGAAAGCAAUUUCCAACCUGACAAACCCUCCGGCCCCAAAGUGAGCCAGCCUGGCAAGAUGAAACAGGGCCCCUCAGCUGCCCUGGUGAAGGAGAUGGGGCGGAGACCCUGCCUCUCCCCCCUCCCCAUCAUAACACACCCCUCCCCUCCAGCCCAGCUCAACUCCUCGGCGAAGUAGGCAGCUAAGCUAGCACUGAAGAGGCCCCAUAGUCACCACGUCCCAUUCUCCAUGAAACAAGUGCUACCUGCCUUGAAGGACAAAUCCCCCUCUGGACAGAACUCAGAAUGCAAGACAGCAGAAAACCAGCAUAUGGUGGGUGCUCCAUGAAAGAAUCAAAUUCACGAACGAAGACACUGGUAUAUUCUAUCGCCAAGGGCACGCAGAGAUGCCCUCUGAGGGUUGUAUGACUCCCAACCAGAGGCUCCUGAGAAAGAAUAAAGCUGAUUGCCAGA